AUGAGAUUUCCAAAAUUAUGCUAUGAUUGGACAAAUUCAAUUCAUGUAUUGUAUAAUAAUUCACGGAGAUAUUAUGAAACAAGUCGUGAAACAACCCCCAAUAUUGAAUUUUACUCUUCCACAUAUCCUGAAUAUUUUGUUGGUUACAUUGAAGUUAUAAAUAAAAGUUGCGAACCAAGUUUGAAUGUUGAAGAUAAAGUAGAAGAAAAAGAAGAAGAAAACAUCACAAAUUCUCAAUGUAAUGAUUCACAGAUUCUAUUUAAUGAGGAAAAUGGAAAGAAAAGAUCUUUGUACAACAUUGAGAUAGGAUUGAUUGUUAUAUCAUUUUUGUUCAUCGGAACUAUUAUAUGUCUCAUUUUCACGAUUUACUCAUAUAUGAAAAGAAAGGAUAUUGAUGAAACAGAGUCCAUCCAGGAAAUGAACAUUGAAGAAGUAACGAUAAUCCAUCCAAAUGAGAUAGAUGGAUUUACAUUUGAUAAUCCAUUAUUUACUCAAUCAAUCGAAAAAGAUGAUCCAUUCAAACAUGAUUUUGAAGAAGAUAAUACAAUUAAAGAAAACUUCUAUUUGGGCAAUGAUAUUGAUGAAGUCUCCGAAAACUAG